AUGACUACGACCACAAUAACACUGUCACCGACAACGACGUCGCUGGCGGCUUCCAAUGAGAAUUCCCCAGGAAACGGCAUGGCAUCCAGGCCUCCACCGUCGACAUACCUGACCAUUGAUGGUCUACUGCGGAAACAUGCUUCUGAACACGGUGAGAUACCUAUGUUCGGGUACCCAGCGUCUGGUGCUUCAGACUAUGAAGUCCAUACUGUCAAGACGGUGGACAGAUACGUCGAUGCUGCGUGUUGGUGGUAUCAAAAGCAGGGUUUGCAACCAGCAGAUCCGACACUGACGAAAGCACCUGUCGUCGCACUUCUCACGCCGUCAUGUCUAGAUGCAAUAAUCUCCUUCUUCGCCCUGAAUCGAUUAGGAUGGGCCGUCCUCUUCCUUUCGACCAGACUUACAGCACCGGCCUACGCCAGUCUGAUGAGACUCGCUGACUGCACGACCAUAGUGGCACCCCCCAUGUACGAGGCCGUCAUUCAGGAAAUGCGCUCUGAAAUGCAACUGACUUCAACACCACGAAUUCAUCAGAAGGACUAUCAAUCGGCGGUCAAUGUCCCCAAAUUCCUCCGCGGCUGCGACAUGGAGAAAGAAUCCAAGAAAGUCGCAUGGAUCAUCCAUUCAUCUGGCUCUACGGGCUUCCCUAAACCAAUCUUCAUCACAAACUUCGGUUGUCUCGCGAAUUUCCAGAAAGGUCUAGGCUUCAGAUCUUUCACUGUCUCUCCACUCUUCCACUCCCACGCACUCAUGGAGUUCGGACGCGCCAUCUACGCGAAACGGCCCAUGUUCUUCGGCAACCACCAAUUACCCGUGACCAGACAAAGUCUGCUGGCCGCGUUACGAGUCGCCAAACCCGAAAUGGUCUGCGCAGUCCCCUACGUCCUCAAACUCCUCGCCGAGAAGGACGAAGGCAUCGCGGAACUCGCAAAAGCCAAAGUCGUCAUGUACGGCGGCAGUGCAUGUCCCGACCCUCUCGGUGACGAGUUGGUCUCCAAGGGUGUCAAUCUAGCGGGGAACUACGGCGCCACCGAGACGGGCUUCAUCAUGAACUCGUUCAGACCGGCAGGCGAUACUGAGUGGAACUAUCUCCGUCUGCACAAGCCAGUGGCGAACCACGUCCUCAUGGACGAGAUCACGCCGGGCAUCUUCGAAUGUGUAGCAUUAGACGGGCUACCCUCGAAAGUCGCGACCAACACCGACGACCCGCCCGGCGCGUUCAGGACGAAGGACCUGUUCAUGCGCCAUCCCGACCCCGGCAAGUCAAAUUACUGGAAAUACGUCAGCAGGCUGGAUGACCGGCUGACGCUAGUCAAUGGGGAGAAAGUGCUACCACUGCCGAUCGAAGGACACAUUCGCAAAAGCGAGCUCAUCAAGGAAGUCGCCGUGUUUGGAUUCCAAAGAUCCGUGCCGGGGGUGAUCGUGUUCCGAAGCGAGCAGGCGGCAACACUCGACGACGAGGAUUUUCUCGACGCGAUAUGGCCACGCAUCGAAGAGGCGAACAGGCAAGCGGAGACGUUCUCGCGAAUCCCAAGGGAUCUCGUCAUCGUCCGGGCCUUCGAUGAAGUCUACCCGCGUACGGACAAGGCCACGAUCAUCAGAGCGCAACUGUACGAGCAGUACAAAGAUGUUAUCCAGCAAUCAUACGACAAAUUUGAGACGGGAGCGACGACCGGCGGCGGACAAAUGCUUCAACUUGACGUCCCCGCGCUGGAAGAGUUCUUGUUGUCGAAAUUCCGCCACGAUCUCGACGUGCCUCUGGAAUCCGCCGAGUCUGAUAUCUUCUCCGCAGGCGUCGACAGUCUGCAGACCACACGUGUCUGGAACAUGAUCAAGAAGGAACUCGACCUGGGCGGCAACCAGGCCAAGCUGUCGCAGAACGUCGUCUUCGAGCGUGGAACGGUCCGGUCGCUGGCACGGCAUCUGUACAAUCUUCGACUUGGCAUUGACGACGGCGAUGGUGACUCGGACCGAGCGGACAUCCAGAUCAUGCAGGACCUGAUCGAGAAGUACUCGAUGUUCACGCCUCAUGGCUCCACGGACAAACCCAAAGUAUCCACCAAGACGGUCUUGCUGACGGGCGUGACCGGCGGCUUGGGCUCGAUCCUGCUAGCCAACCUCCUCAAGCGCGACGAUGUGAGCAUGAUAUACUGCCUCGUCCGCGCUGCCAAUCCUGCAUCAGCGAGAUUCCGUGUCCUGAAAGCGCUGAAAGCUCCUCGAGGUCUCGCCCAAGAUCUACCGGAGAACUUCAAGGCCAAGAUCGUCGCAUUGCCGAGCGACCUCAGCCUACCGUCGCUCGGCCUGGACCGGGUCGUCCUUGACGAAAUGCUCAGCCAUCUUACGCAUAUCAUCCACAGCGCGUGGGCGGUCAACUUCAAUCUUCCCCUGCUGUCGUUCGAGCCGCAGCACAUCCGAGGCGUGUACAACCUUUUGGAGCACAUCGCUCUACGGACCACGCACAACAGACCGGCCCAGUUCUACUUCUGUUCGAGCGUGUCAGCGGCGAGCGGGACGCCGAAAGCGAGUCAAUCGAGUCAAUCGGCGACCAGCACCAGCACCAGCACUAGCACCAUAGUAGCCGAGACGCAGAUCGCGGAUCUCUCGCACGCGCAGCACACGGGUUAUGGACGCAGUAAGCUGGUGGCGGAAAGAAUCACGCACGCCGCGAUGCAGACCACCGGAUCUAUGGCGCGAGUCUUGAGGAUCGGCCAACUGGCAGGAGACACGAGGCAGGCGGUUUGGAACGACACGGAGGCGAUCGCGUUGAUGAUUCGUUCGGCCUUGCCGUCGAGUGCGGGCUGUCUGCCGCGUCUGGACGAGAGGCCGAGUUGGUUGCCGGUCGAUCGCGCCGCCGAGGUCAUUGAACAGUUGGCCUUUUUCUGCGACAGUGAGGAUGAGCGUGAUGUCGACUUGGCCUACCACAUCGUCAACCCGUGCACAUUCCAUUUCGCGAGAGAUCUGCUGCCCAUGCUGCGGGCUCAUCCGGCCAUGCCGAGUUUCGAGGUCGUCGAGGUGAGAACGUGGCUUGACCGGCUCGGUGCGAGUGAGGGUGAUGUCGCGAGGAAUCCAAGUCGGAAGUUGCUCGAGUUCUGGGAGGGCAAGUAUGGGGAGAGGCGAGUUGCACUAGGCACACGCACACAGGAUGAUGGGGAGAAAAGUCAGGAUGGUCAUGUAUUAAGCGCUGGCAAUGGCGAGGGCGAAGAGGAGGAAGCAAGGAGCAACAGCCAGGCGAGCCACGGUUUGACGUUCGACACGACAGAGACGGUCAGGCACAGUGGGGUAUUGGGCAUGGUCAGGGAUCCGGUCGGUGAUGGGUUGAUGUACCGGAUUGUGGAUGUCUGGAUGAGGAAGUGGAAAGGGGGAGCUGGAGGUGCUUGACAAUCAGAAGCAGGCGUAAUGCUGGUGUUAAUAGCAAGCCAGAUAGAAGAUGUAGCGCGAGCUGCAGAUUAGAGAGAACGUCUUGGACAGUGAAC